GCUCAAUCUCGUGUUCCAUCGCUCGGCGAAAAGUGUCAUCCCCUCCUUCAUACACCUGAACUCCUCACCACCUAUCUCAUCGCCGUACUCUAUUCUAUGGCAUGCGGACCAAUCGCCCCAAAAUGCCCGUUGAUGCAAACACGAAGAUCUAUUCGGCCACAUACAGCAAUGUGCCCGUCUACGAAUUCAACGCCGAUGGCAAUUUGGUCAUGCGCCGCCGCGUCGACGAUUGGAUCAAUGCGACCCAUAUCCUGAAGGUGGCCGACUUUGAUAAGCCUGCCCGAACCCGGAUUCUGGAGCGCGAGGUGCAGAAGGGAGUUCAUGAAAAGGUUCAGGGCGGCUAUGGCAAAUACCAGGGAACUUGGGUACCGCUUCCAGAUGGGCGGGGCCUUGCAGAGCGCAAUGGAGUCCUCCACAAACUACAGCCCAUCCUCGACUAUGUCCCGGGCGAACAUAGCCCUCCUCCAGCUCCCAAACAUGCGACCGCUUCAUCGGCCAAGCCAAAAGCUCCUCGUCAGAAAGCAGCUCCCAAGGUCGAAGUACUCAGUCAAAUCAGCGAGGAUCGAUACGAGAUGACCAGCGCUCAGUUCGAUGAUGUUAGUGACGAUGCUCGUACCGUCGUCACAAACUCAGUAAUUGAAGAUGAUGGGAUGCGCCCACCUUUCACCGGAAGCGCUAGAAAACGAAAGCGCGGAGCCGACCACAUGUCGGUACAAGACCAGCAGCACCAGAUUUGGGCGGAUCAACUACUCGACUAUUUCAUGCUUCUAGAGUCCGACGACCGGUUUCCCGCCCCACCGGAACCUCCACCAGGAGUCAACCUGGACCGGCCCAUCGACGAGAAAGGACACUCUGCCAUGCAUUGGGCUGCAGCAAUGGGCGAUUUUGAUGUGGUUCAAGAUCUUAUGAAUCGCGCAGCGCGUAUCGAUUGUCUUUCCAACAAUUUCGAGACGCCUUUGAUGAGAGCUGUCAUGUUCACCAAUAACUUCGACAAGAACACGAUGCCUCGGAUGGUUCGGACGUUCGCCAGUACCGUCGCUAAAACGGAUUGGUUCGGCUCAAGCGUAUUCCAUCACAUCGCAGCCACUACCAGCAGCAAGAACAAAUACGUCUCAGCAAGGUACUACCUCGAUUGCAUUAUCAACGUUCUCAGCGAAACAUGGUCCCCCGACGACAUAACUCGUCUCCUGAACCUCCAAGACCAGAACGGCGAUACGGCCAUCAUCAUCGCUGCGCGAAACGGAGCAAGGAAACUUGUCCGCGCGCUACUGGGCCGGAAUGCCUCGGUGGACAUUCGUAACCAACUCGGGGAAACUGCAGAUGAUCUCAUCCGUGACCUCAAUAUCCGCCGCCAGAACCGUAACGGCAUGCGCCAGGCAUCUUCAUCCCCCUUUGCCCCUGACUCUCAACCCAAUGGCAACGCCGGAGCACUUCUCCCCACUUCCUCAUCCGCCUUCAAUACUAUCCAAUCCACACCACAUUACCGCUCGCAGACUGCCAACACGCUCAUGCAAAAGAUUGCCCCGAACGUCUUUGACCGUUUCUCACAACUUGCCACCGCCUACGAUGGCGAGCUGGAAGAGAAGGAUGUUGAGCUGGUCGAGGCACAACGAGUACUCAGAAAGCGGCAGGCAGAGCUCGACGUCAUUCGGAAGCGAUUGUCCGAGUUGGAGCCGCUAGACGAAGGUGAUGAAAUCGACAAACGACAAGAAGAGGAACUAGCAUCCCUGAUGAUGGAGGCGGAGGCUAUCCUGGAGAUGGAGCAGAAGGCCGAAUUGAAGGCGCUCUUGGAGAAGGAGAAAGCGGCAUCAUCAAACGCUAAGAACAAUCACGAGUCGAACAAAGAGAACCCAGGAGCCAUCGCCGACGGCGCUGCGACGAGCGGUGUAAGAGGAGGUAACGGAAAGGAUGAUGAUGGCAAUGUGAUCGACCGCGUCACCCUUGCCCUGAUGCUCCAAAAAGCACAGGAAACCCGCCGGAAGCUGAUCAAGGAGAUCGUGCAGAAACUGAGCGUGGCCGGCAUGAGUGAGCGGCAAAGUGACUACAAACGGCUCAUCACGGGGGCUCUCGGCGUGAAGGAAGAGGAUGUGGAAGGAAUGCUGAACGAGAUCCUCGCGGAGUUGGAAGAUGCGAAGGAGCGGGACACGAUGGAGGUCAGUCCUGUAGCAUAAUGCUGGGUUUUGGUUUGGGCUGUAAUGCGUUCACUGUAAUACUGCACGUGGGGAAAGGGGGGAAGAGCCGGGCUUUUGGACAAGGAAGUCUGGGUUUCUGCGGCCUCGAUCUAAAGGCAGCGUCGCUAGGUGCGGAAUAUACCUAGAUACAUGUUCAUCA